GAAUCGGCUGCAAAAAAGCAGCGUUUAAACCUCGUAAACCCCACCCCUUUUUUCUUUCUUCAUGCGCCUUCGUCUGUAACAUCUAUUCUUAAGUAUGGAGACAACGGCCAGCAAGCCUGAGGGCACAGCUCGACGUAUUGAAGGAAACUUAACAGGACCUAAACGGAUAUUGGUCCAAACGAAGACGCACCUUGUACCGGGCGACGGCUAUGAUCAAAGAUGCUUGUUUCUUCUAGAUCUUAUCUGCCAGUACCACUGGAAUCGUGAUUUCGAUCCUGACCAAGACCGCUGGAGUGUAUACGGUGCUUGGUUUAGUUACGAUAACCGCCGCUGUUACUUCCUUGUUGAUCAUGGUCAAUCUCUUAACGACAGUGACGUACCAGUACUAUGCUAUGAGUGGACAGGAGAGUCUCUCAAGGAUAUGCCACAAGCUUUACCUCCGGAAGUACAAAUGAAGCUUCGAGAGUAUCCAUUUACAAGGUCGACCCAACAUAUGCCAGCGAGGGUGCCACUAGAUGCCAUUACUAGAUGCAAGAGUAUCCGAUCGAAACUUCGUUCCGAUAUGAGUCUCUCGGAUAGCGAUCUCGAAUUCCUAAGGGAGCAUCCCAAGGAAGCAAAAUGGCUCAAAGAUCAUAUCGAGUCUCGAUUUUGGUUAAAAUUCGAGCCCUUCGCUAAUUCACGAAAUGGUCAAGGAUAGUCUAUGCUAAAGCAGGCCACUACUUACGUAGUUCCUCCGUACCCCACGGCGGAACACACCCUCUUCUUUAGCUUCAUUCAUGCAGAGUUUCAAAUCGGUCCUCUGAUCUGCCUUCUUCAGAUCGCUUCGAUUACUUAACGCUGAUAUUCGUGUAAAAUACGUAACGAGAAGAUAUCGGGGAGAUGGGCACGUGGACGAUGUAAAAACCAACUAGUAUUACAUCCUCGUAGGGGUAACAAAGAAACUCAAUUUCAUUACGGCAAAAACUAGCACAUCCUAAUAGCUAGCUACCCAACACAGCAACGGCGAUUUCUCAUAACCUAACUAGUCAACUCGCAUCGUACUCUUUCUCAAUUCCGGCAAGGACGAUUCUCACAGCAAGCUACUACGCACCGUACGGACUCCUGUCUCGAAUUUCGUCGAUUAUAGUAGCCAUUUCCGUGACAAUAGUCACACGUUGGAUCGGGUCUUGGCGCCUCUUCAGGAUCGCUGCCAGAGCUGCCUU